UCUUUUUGAUCAGCCCAACCCAUCCCCCUCUGCUACUCCAAAAACUCACACACACACACUCACUCUCUCUCUCUCUCUCUCUCUCUCUCUCUCUCUCUCUACAUCUCUCUCUCUCUCCCUCUCAACAGAACCAGCACCGCCAUGGCAGUGAGCAACAACAUAACCUCCGUCCUAAACUUCAUCUCCCUCCUCUGCUCAAUCCCCAUCAUCGCCUCGGGCAUCUGGCUCGCCUCCAAGCCCGACAACGCCUGCAUCCACUGGCUCCGCUGGCCCGUCGUCUUCAUCGGCAUCGCCGUCCUCCUCGUCUCCCUCGCCGGCUUCGUCGGCGCAUACUGGAACAAGCAGUCCCUCCUCGCCUUCUACCUCAUGUGUAUGGCCGUCCUCAUCACCGCCCUCCUCAUCCUCCUCGUCCUCGCCUUCGUCGUCACCCGCCCCUCCGGCGGGUACGCCGUCCCGGGUCGUGGGUACCAGGAGUACCGGCUGGCCGGGUUCUCGGCGUGGCUGAGGAACCAUGUUGUGAAUUACGGGAAUUGGGGGAAGAUUAGGGCCUGUCUUGCUAAUUCUGAUACCUGUGCCAAGCUUGAUAGAGAUUUUAUUACGGCUGAGCAGUUUUUUUCCGCUCAUAUUUCUCCUCUUCAGUCAGGAUGUUGUAAGCCUCCAACCAUUUGUGGAUACCAGUUUGUCAACCCAACAAUGUGGGUAAGCCCGGUGAACGCUUUGGCCGACCCGGAUUGCGCAGUUUGGAGCAAUGACCAAACCCAGCUGUGCUACAACUGCGAUUCUUGCAAAGCUGGACUGCUGGGGAACCUCAGGAGGGAAUGGAGGAAAAGUAACGUGGUCUUGAUCAUAGCAGUGGUGGUUCUGAUCUGGGUCUAUCUCAUUGCUUGCAGUGCUUUCAGGAAUGCCCAGACAGAGGACCUCUUCAACCGCUACAAACAGGGCUGGGUCUGAUCAUGCUGUUCCCAAACGCACCCCUUUUCCUCAAACUUAUUUUUCCUUGAGAUAGAUAUUUAUUCACAGCGGGACCGUUAAUAAGCUCUUUACAGUAGCGGUGAAUCGCAACCGUCCAAAAGUAUUUUGGACGGUCGCGAUGCACCUCCUUAAAACUUCUUUACGGUGCCCUCCGUAAAGAAGUUUUUCUCUUUUCUUAGAUUUUCUUCUGGUGCAAGUAAAAGUGUCUUUCCCACUCUUGUGUGUAUAUUUUUGUAGUUGAAGAUAAGUUGGAAUCAAGAUUGAAAAAAAGGGAAGGGGGGAGGGGGGAAGAAGUACUAGAAGAUAAGUUGGAUUGUCCUUUUCAAUUAGCUUUGCUCAAUAUAGUAAGUAUUCUUUUCUUAUCA